GUCAAGUCAAUCGUCUUUGCAGCAGCAGCAGCAGCCAGUGCAGGGGGGCUAUGUGCCUGGAUACUAUAUGCAGCCUGGAUUCCAAGCACCUCAGCCAGCUUUGCCCACUCAGCAGAGCUUGGCUGGCUACUUGGCAUCAUAUCAGGGUUGGGGGGUGCUGGUUGGGUCCAGAAAGAAGAAGAAAAAGAAGCACAAGAAGAAGGAUAAAAAGGGAAAGAAGGAUAAGAAAAGAGGCAGAGAUGAGUCAUCAGAUGCUUGCAGCCCCUUGGCAGCUGCAGGGGGUGAAGACCUUGACAAGAGGCCAGUCCCAGCAGUGAGCUUGGGAAGGUGCAAGAAGAACAGGUCCAACCUGUUUCCAAGGAGGGAUGCUCUGAGAUUUCUCAAAGCAAUUGAUGGGGAGAAGUUUGCAGAUGGCCUGAGGCAAGCCCUAUCAGAUGAUGAGAUUGCUCAGGAAAGGGAAGUUUGUGGAGAAUGCAGCAAGGAUGACACAAAGGAGCAGGUGGCCAAGAAAUAUGGAUGGGAUGAUGUCUUUGCUGGCAAGCCAGUUGGAGCCUCACAGCCACCACCUGAGAUGACACCAGGCAAUGAUGCCAGACCACAGUACUGGGUUGAGAUUGCAAGAUCUGGUGAUAUGUGGAUGCUAUCCAAAGAUGGAGGUGGUCCACCAAAGCUUGUUUGGACAAAGGGUGCGCCCUGCUGCAAGAUCUACACCAGUCAGGGCAAACAUGCUCUGAAAGGACCUGGGCCUGAGCACUUUCAGGUCUUGAUGGCAGAGUUGUAUGAGACAGAGGUGGAAGCUGCUCAGAUGUGCACUGGAGAAGCUUGGGCCCAGAGACUUUUGAACUUCCAAGAGAGGGGGGUGGUGGACAUCCCUGACUUCGAGCCUGUUCAGCUGAAGCAGCAAAGCAUGGUGGGAGCCAACAACAAGCACCUCCAGGGCAAGCAGCCCAGCAAGGUGAGUGGCCAAGGUGGGAAUCAAGGGCAACAAGCUCCAACUGGUGGGCAGCCAGGGCAAGCAUCACAGCAAGGUCAGGUGAAUGGCCAAGGUGGCAACCAACAACAAGCACCUGCAGUGCAAGCAGCCCAGCAAGGUCAGGUGAAUGGCCAAGGUGGGAACCAGCAACAAGCACCUGCAGUGCAAGCACCCCAGCAAGGUCAGGUGAAUGGCCAAGGUGGGAAUCAAUGGCAACAACCUCCAAUUGGAGGGCAGCCAGGGCAAACAGAGCUACAGGGUCAGCAGAACCAUGGCCAAGGUGGGAACCAACAACAAGCACCUCCAGUGCAAGCAGCCCAGCAAGGUCAGGUGAAUGGCCAAGGUGGGCAAGCACCCCAGGAAGAUCAGGUGAAUGGCCAAGGUGGGAAUCAAGGGCAACAAGCCCCAUUUGGUGGGCAGCCAGGGCAAGCAGCCCAGCAAGGUCAGGUGAUUGGCCAAGGUGGGAACCAGCAACAAGCACCUGCAGUGCAAGCAGCCCAGCAAGGUCAGGUGAAUGGCCAAGGUGGGAGCCAACAACAAUCACCUGCAGUGCAAGCACCCCAGGAAGAUCAGGUGAAUGGCCAAGGUGGGAAUCAAGGGCAGCAAGCCCCAUUUGGUGGGCAGCCAGGGCAAGCAGCCCAGCAAGGUCAGGUGAUUGGCCAAGGUGGGAACCAGCAACAAGCACCUGCAGUGCAAGCAGCCCAGCAAGGCCAGGUGAAUGGCCAAGGUGGGAAUCAAUGGCAACAACCUCCAAUUGGAGGGCAGCCAGGGCAAACACAGCAACAGGGUCAGCAGAACCAUGGCCAAGGUGGGAACCAGCAACAAGCACCUCCAGUGCAAACAGCCCAGCAAGGCCAGGUGAGUGGCCAAGGUGGGAAUCAAGGGCAACAAGCUCCAACUGGUGGGCAGCCAGGGCAAGCAUCACAGCAAGGUCAGGUGAAUGGCCAAGGUGGCAACCAACAACAAGCACCUGCAGUGCAAGCACCCCAGCAAGGCCAGGUGAAUGGAGAAGGUGGGAACCAAGGGCAACAAGCUGCAAGUAGUGGGCAGCCAGGGCAAGCACCCCAGCAAGGUCAGGUGAAUGGCCAAGGUGGGAACCAAGGGCAACACCCUCCAGCUGGAGGGCAGCCAGGGCAAGGACCACAGCAAGAUCAGGUGAAUGGCCAAGGUGGGAACCAGCAACAAGCACCUGCAGUGCAAGCACCCCAGCAAGGUCAGGUGAAUGGCCAAGGUGGGAACCAAGGGCAACACCCUCCAGCUGGAGGGCAGCCAGGGCAAGGACCACAGCAAGGUCAGGUGAAUGGCCAAGGUGGGAACCAGCAACAAGCACCUGCAGUGCAAGCAUCCCAGCAAGGUCAGGUGAAUGGCCAAGGUGGGGACCAAGGGCAACAAGCUCCAACUGGAGGGCAGCCAGGGCAAGCACCACAGCAAGGUCAGCAAAACAAUGGCCAGGAGGGGGGCCAACAACAAGCACCUGCAGUGCAAGCACCCCAGUAUGGCCAGGUGAGCAAUGGCAAAGAUGGGAACCAAGGGCAACCACUUUCAGGAGGACAAGCACUUCAGCAAGGUGGGGCAAUGCCAUGCAAACCAUCUCCAAAACAACCACUUCCUGGGCAAGCAGCUGUGGAAGAGCAGGUGAAGCAGCCAGGUGAAGGUGCCAUGGAACAUCACCCGACGGUUCUUGAUACUCCUUGUGGCACUCAAGAUGAUGGUGAGCCACUGGUCUUCCUUGAGUCUGAUGAGCCAGCUGUGAAGAGAAGGAGGGACUACAAAGAUGAUGCCCAGUGCAAUGAGAAGAUCCCUAGGGAGUUCAUGGCUGAAUGGGUGGCUACCCCAAAAGGGAUUCUACCCUUUGUAAAGAACAUGGUAGCUGUAGAUUUGGUAGGUGGGGUUGGUCUGAUGGCUAGGUGUGGAACCUCCUUGGGCUCUUUGGAGCAGGGCCUGGAUUGGGAGAUGCCAGGAUGUGCUCCUGGAGGCAAUCACAUGAAGUUGAGUGAUAGAGUUCCACCCACAGACAAUGGCCAGACUGGGGUCUCCACAGAUGCUAUGGACCAGGCAGCUUCUUCAACUCAAGCUGCUGCUUCUCAAGGUGGCGAUGAACCAGACACUAUGCAGCAGUAUGAGGGCAUCAGUGAGACCAGAGUGGGAAUCAUUCCUUUUCCUCCCACUGGCAUGAUGGACUUGGUGGUUAGUGGGGCCUGGGAGAUCACAGAUGGUGAGCCCAGCUGGGUUUGGACAUACAAAGGAGGAUGGAAACAAACAGUGUCAGCUCUGCAGGUUGCAAUGGACAGCACAAAGGUGAAAGGCUUCAAGAAGGAUUUUGCCAUUGCUCAUGCUGAGCAUAAAGUAGAGCUAAUCUACCAAAUGUUGGACCUGCCUCAGCCUAGCAUGCCAGAGCUGACUGCAGCAGAUGUCAUGAAGUACAAGGUAGCACCCUUUGAGCAUCAAGGUGACAGAGCUUUGUACCAGCAGAGGGAGGCCGACAUCCUGUGGGCUUCUGAAAAGGAGAUCAGGUUGUGCAAGAUUGCAGUGCAAAAUGCACUGGGGCAAGAAGCUUGCACUCAGAUGAUGGCUGAGAACAAGACUUGCAUAUGCUCUUCUGCUGGAGUUCCUGGACUGUGCCUCAUGACCAUGGUGAUGGACCUGAAGCUGCUGCUGUUCAUGGAGAAGAGGUGCCUGAUGACCAUGAUGAUGGACCUAGACCUGCUGCUGGUUAUGAAGAGCCUUGAUUGGAAGCUUCUUGGAGACAAUGCCAUGAGCCCAUCUGUACAUAGCCCAUUGGCACCACCUGCCUUUGCAAUGCCUGGCUUGCCUGAGCCACCUGUGUUAGGAGACCAUGCCAUGAGCCCAUGUGUGCAUAGCCCAUUGGCACCACCUGCCUUUGCAAUGCCUGGCUUGCCUGAGCCACAUGUGUUAGGAGACCAUGCCAUGAGCCCAUGUGUACAUAGCCCAUUGGCACCACCUGCCUUUGCAAUGCCUGGCAUGCCUGAGCCACCUGUGUUAGGAGAGCAUGCCAUGAGCCCAUUUGUACAUAGCCCAUUGGUACCACCUGCCUUUGCAAUGCCUGGCUUGCCUGAGCCACCUGUGUUAGGAGACCAUGCCAUGAGCCCAUCUGUACAUAGCCCAUUGGCACCAUUUGCCUUUGCAAUGCCUGGCUUGCCUGAGCCACCUGUGUUAGGAGACCAUGCCAUGAGCCCAUUUGUACAUAGCCCAUUGGCACCACAUGCCUUUGCAAUGCCUGGCUUGCCUGAGCCACCUGUGUUAGGAGACCAUGCCAUGAGCCCAUCUGUACAUAGCCCAUUGGCACCACCUGCCUUUGCAAUGCCUGGCUUGCCUGAGCCACCUGUGUUAGGAUUUCCACAACUACCCAGCCCAGAUUCAGAUUUUGGGCCUUUCCCAGUUGAACUGUUUGCCAAAGGUGCUUUGCCAAAGCAAGAGGUGAAUGGCAAUGGUGCUUUGGCAUAUACUACCCAUUGCAUGAAUAGCAGAGCUUUCAUGUUGUUGAUCCUUUUGCUUGCUUGCACCAAGCAACUAGCAGCAGCCUUCAAAGAGAAGGCACUGUCGAUUUGCAUUGGUUUGAUGCAGCUGGGAGUGAAAACCUUAGCCAAUGAUGAAACCUUGCUGGGCACAGUGUAUGUCAAAGGGACCCUGAUUGCAUCCAGUUCCAAAGGUGUGGUGUGCAUUGUGCUUUGCAAGGCACCCAGUGGUGUUCUGACUUGGACUGUGGAACCCCUAGGCUUGACCAUGACAGUCAAGGAAUGCAAGGAGGUCCUUGCAGCAUGUGACAUCAAACUACCUGGGCAGCCUAGCAAAGCUGAGGUGUACAAAGCAGUGGUUGGACAGUUCAUUACAGACCCUGCUGAAGCCCAGGAGGCUUUGGCAAAAACCAAUGUAAACAUGGAUGAGCAAAAUGAUGAGGCUGAUUCUGAGUUAGCUGAUUACCAAGACCUCCUUGACCUUGUGGAGGAAGAUGCAGAAAACCGAGGGGACCCAGACAUCAAAGCUGAGCAGAAAAAGGCAAUGACCACAGAUUCACAGCUGCCUGG